CAGGGCUCAUUGCUUGUGUGCUUUCCUCACUUCCCUUGGCGGGUACACACCGGGCAGCUGGACGGCGUGUGAAUGUGGGGUGUGCGGCGUGUGGGUUUCCUGCAAAUGUGGGGUGUGCUGCUGGCAGCCGUGGUGCCUCAGCUGGGCCAGGCCAGGCAUGUGGGCAGAGGCCCUGAUGGAGAGUCCCCAGUUUGGCUGCCACCGGGUGGAGGCUGUUUCCUGUGGCUGCCGAUGGCUUGAGGCUUCUCCCUGGGAGCCGGCUCUAGACUGGGAUAUUACUCUGAGGCAGGAGCUAUUGGCUCCUAGCUCUGCCCGGUUCAGGGAAGUCUAGCCUGACUACCAAAGGAAGGAGUCUCUCCCAGCUCCCUUCCCAGGUCCCUGGCUUCUGGGGGCAGCCCUUGGCAUGGGGAAGGGUCAGCACAGCUGCUUUCCCAUCUUCCUGCUUUGCCUUCCGUCCCUGGCAUGAAAGAAGCCCUGUGUGUGAGGGUCGGGGGCUGGGAGGGCCAGCAGGACCCCUGUCAGCUCCUUGUUGGGACCCUGGCACUGUCUGCUGCUGGAUGGCAUGAGGGCUGUGGCUUGGUCUCUCUGGGCCUGAGUUCCCGUCUGCAAAAGGAGUCCCCUCUUGCUUACGCAGACUAACCCUCUUGUAAACACCCUGAGGUCUCUUGGACCUCCCCUCCCUGUUUCCCAGUCUGCCAUUCCCUGCCAUUCUCACCAAAACUGCCUGUGAGUCUCCUCUUUUGCUGGCAGGAGCACAGGUGCCCAGACCUCUGCCCGAGACCAGUACAGAGAUCCCUGCCAGAGUGGCUUAGAGGUCCCUGUUGUUGGUGGGCUUGGGGUACCUAGGAUGAAUAGCAGAAGGAAGGGGAGCUUCUCACAUCAGAAUGACUCUAGUCCCACAGGGACUGGACACUUAAACCUGGCUUGGGUUGCCCGAGCCCAGGGCCAGUUCCCAGGGAGAAGCCCUCCUAGUCUUGAAAAAAGUCAGCCUGACAGUCUUUCCAAACAGAUGCAGGCAGAGGGCUGUGAAAGGCUCUUGGUGUCAGGAGUGGAGGGCGUGGAGGUUGGCAGGUCCUUGUCCUGCCUCUCCCCCAGUGUGGAUCAGGCCCCCUCCCUCAAAACACACUGGGAACUGGCCAGGCUUGGGGGUGGGUUAGAGGUUGGGCCUAAAAGGGGGCUGUUUUCUCCAGUGUCUUGUGCAGGACCUGCUGAGGCUGCUCCCAGAUGUGUGGGUGUGGCUACAGGGCUACCUGACACCUGGCUGCCCUCAAGCAAACGAGAGUGAAUCAUGGAGCUACGCGUGGGAAACAAGUACCGCCUGGGCCGAAAGAUUGGGAGUGGGUCCUUUGGAGACAUCUACCUGGGUGCCAACAUCGCCUCUGGUGAAGAGGUGGCCAUCAAGCUCGAGUGUGUGAAGACGAAGCACCCGCAGCUGCACAUCGAGAGCAAGUUCUACAAGAUGAUGCAGGGAGGAGUGGGGAUCCCGUCCAUCAAGUGGUGCGGGGCGGAGGGCGACUACAACGUGAUGGUCAUGGAACUACUGGGGCCCAGCCUGGAGGACCUCUUCAACUUCUGCUCCCGCAAGUUCAGCCUCAAGACGGUGUUGCUCCUGGCGGACCAGAUGAUCAGCCGCAUCGAGUACAUCCACUCCAAGAACUUCAUCCACCGCGACGUCAAGCCCGACAACUUCCUCAUGGGCCUGGGGAAGAAAGGCAACUUGGUGUACAUCAUUGAUUUUGGCCUGGCCAAGAAGUACCGGGAUGCCCGCACCCACCAGCACAUCCCCUACCGGGAAAACAAGAACCUGACUGGCACGGCCCGCUACGCCUCCAUUAACACGCACCUGGGCAUCGAGCAAAGCCGUCGCGAUGACCUGGAGAGUCUGGGCUACGUGCUCAUGUACUUCAACCUGGGCUCCCUGCCCUGGCAGGGUCUCAAAGCAGCCACCAAGCGCCAGAAGUAUGAGCGGAUCAGCGAGAAGAAGAUGUCAACGCCCAUUGAGGUCCUCUGCAAAGGGUACCCCUCCGAGUUCUCCACAUACCUCAACUUCUGCCGCUCCCUGCGGUUCGAUGACAAGCCCGACUACUCCUACCUGCGCCAGCUCUUCCGCAACCUCUUCCACCGGCAGGGCUUUUCCUACGACUACGUCUUCGACUGGAACAUGCUCAAAUUCGGGGCUUCUUCGAGCCAGGCUCAGCCCCGGGACAGCGAAGCUAUUGCAGCACCCCGCCCCCGCCCCUGGCCCUAUGCCGGGCCCCCGUAUCCAUCCACAUACUGGUGCCCGGCGAUCCUGGGCACCCAAGGCCCCCCAGAUAGGCCUGUGGAGGAGGUGGAGGAGAUGCCCCCUCAAAACUACUGGCCUGUGGUCUGGACUCCAGGGCCCCAGUUCUGAUAUCACCAAUGUGCCUGAGCCUGAUAGGGCCAGGCAUGAGGAAUGGGGGGCACCCAUUCCUGAGGUGGCCCUGUGGUGAAGAGUAUUGGAAAAGGCCUUACUUGGGAUCCUCAGGAAUGAACCAGCUGCCUGAGGCCAGGACGAGCCCGAAGAAAACUGUGGCCCUGCCUGGGGCCUGUUAGGCCCUGGACCAAGACCAGGCCCAGGCCCCGUGGGUGGCCUCUGUGUCGAAACUGAACUCAUUAAAUGCCUCCUGCCUUCGUCCUGGUUUGCUUCUUUUACAUCGUGUCCCUCGGUGCUCCGCCAGAUGCCAAGGGCCAAGGCCGGGUCCUUCUGAAUGCUGAGGUUGGCAUGUUGGUCCUGGGUUUCUCUUCUCCUUGGGUCUCAGGCAGAACAGGCAGAAGAUGGCCAUCUCGCAGGUCAGGGCUUUGAGGAGAAGGCUGUAUUGCCCUCCUCUGUGAGGGCAGAGAGGGAGGUGGGCAUUGGGUUCCUUCCAGCUUAGAGCAUGACUGAGUGCCUGGGCACCCGGCACCCCUUCCUCCUGCAGUGCGUUUCAGGGCCUCGGACACCAGGCCCUUGCCCUAUAGGAAGUCGUCCCCGAGUCUGGUUCUGUGAUGGACUUAGUUCUUUGGCUCAGCCCAGCUCUAAGAAAGGGCUUUGCAUUCUCUUGGACUCUGACGUCUACUUCCGUAACUGCUGGCUACAUGGAGAGUUUAAUUAGAGUUGAUCAAAAUGGAAAAUGCAUUUCCUCGGCCACAUUCGCCACAUUCCAAGCUCUUGGGAGCCACGAGGUAGUGGCUGCUGCAUCUAAUGAGACAGUUGUGAGCAUCUCUGUCGUCCUGGGAAGUUCUGUGGACAACGCUGUUCUAGAUGGCUCCUUGACAGUUCCCCUUGUGGGACUGACCAGCAACAAGAUGUCUUCUCCAGCUGGGCCAGGCACUCCUCCCCCUUGCUGGCAUCUGACUCCAUUCCUGGGGUCCCCUUUGAGUCAGGUUCUGGAGUCCGAAGCUAGGCAGGGCCACUGAUAGUCUCAUCCAUCACCGACGUCUGCACCAUCACCUCCGCGUGAGCCCCAGGCAGGAGCAGCCACAUGAUGUGCAGUGGGGACCAUCCACAGCCUUCCCCCAAGACCAAGACCCCCACAUACCUUGCAGGAAGCCAUACCAGCUGGCAGGACUCCAUGCUGGGCACCAUGGGCAGUGACUCUCCCAUGAUCUUGACCUUGACCCUGGAGGAGCCUAUCUGUGUUCCUCGGCAUGAGGGCAUUGGAAUUCCUGGACUCCUGAACCCUGGGAUGCAGUCAGCACGUGUUCUCAGGACAAGCCACUGACAGGAGGAAGUUUCACACAGCCCAGGACAGACGUCCACGCAGCAGGGGCGGAUGCUCGGAUGUUGACAGUUUUAUGUUUUCUUAUGGGCAAAUAAAGGCCAGAAAAGCUC